AUGCGGCGGACCGGGGGCCGGGACAAGCCCGGUGACGUCAUCGGGUUUGUGAUGUCACCGUCGCUGGCUGCCGCGCCGCUCCGCAGCCUGCGGGCAGGUGACGUCACCGUCGGAACCCGGGCAGACAAGUGCGCGCUGGAGGGAUUAAGCAAUGCUGGCGGCCUGAGUUGCCGGGAAAGAGGAGGAACCAAUGCAACUGCAGAUGCGGUGUGGCGUCCGCACCGUCAGGGCCUCAGCCCCCUUACGGACUGGCUCCGCCCCCGCCGUGACCUUUGCGCGCCAGCCAAUCCGAGCCGGCCGUCGUGA